UUUGGAUUCAGGCUAAGAUGAAUCGAUGAUAAAGUGAACAUCCCUAGACAGAAAUGUCAAUGUCAUUUUUUUUAAUCGCGUUGGACUUCGAACUUGUAGUAGGAUUUUGUUUUUAAUUUAAAAACUAUUCUAUUUUCAAAUUUAAUUUACUUUUAUAUAAACAUAAAAAUGUCUCGAGUCUUAGUUGGAGUCAAGAGAGUGAUUGACUACGCCGUUAAAAUUCGAGUAAAACCAGAUAAAUCUGGCGUGGUGACCGAUGGCGUGAAGCACUCUAUGAACCCUUUUGAUGAAAUAGCUGUGGAAGAAGCUGUCAGAAUGAAAGAGAAGAAACUGGCCAGUGAAGUGAUUGCUGUAACUUGUGGACCUACUCAGGCACAAGAAACCCUCAGGACUGCUCUAGCUAUGGGUGCAGACAGAGCCAUCCAUGUGGAAGUAGCAGGUGCUGAAUAUGAGACACUACAGCCACUGCAUGUCGCUAAAAUAUUGGCAAAACUUUCACAAGAUGAAAAAGCUGAUAUCGUUAUAGUUGGAAAACAGGCCAUUGAUGAUGAUUCCAACCAGACUGCUCAAAUGACUGCUGCUUUAUUGGAUUGGCCACAGGCUGUAUUUGCUUCAAAGGUAGAGAAAACUGAUAGUGGUCUGACAGUGACGCGUGAGAUUGAUGGCGGUUUGGAAGUAAUCAAAACGAAACUGCCUGCUGUACUGAGCGCCGACCUGCGACUCAACGAGCCCAGAUAUGCGACAUUGCCUAACAUUAUGAAAGCAAAAAAGAAGCCUUUAAAAAAAGUGGCUGCUAAAGACCUCGGGGUAGAUUUAUCGCCUAGAAUCAAAGUAGUGUCGGUAGAAGACCCACCUGUUCGCCAAGGUGGCUCAAUCUUACCUGAUGUCGACACUCUCGUAGCUAAACUCAAAGAAGGAGGACAUGUCUGAAACCAUAGGAUUCCCAACUGUUGUGUGAUGUAAAGAGAUCAUAGUGUAAAUCAUAUUUUAUA